AUGCGCCUAGUGAUUUCGUUGGGACCAAUGGCCGAUAAGAAGAUUUUCACGAGGUUGUUAUAUAUCUACACUCCAGCCGCUUUUCUAUUUCCUACACUUCCAGUCUGGUUCAUGGAAGUGGGAGUUGGAUAUUUCAAGCAGAGAGAACACCCUUUCUCAUUCGGCGCAAUAGAACUGAGCCUUACCGUCACUUUACUCAAGAAAGUGUUGUAUUAUGAACAUCUUGGACUAUUAACUUUGUCUUCGCUUUUUAUUUUCGUCGCCAACGGAAUAGUAGAUGGUCGUUCAAAGAAAGUCGAAAUCAAUGACCACGCUCGCAAACGGUUACAAAAAUUGUUCUACUUGUCUACUUUUGCCAUCACUAUCCCUCAUCUUUUUCGUAUCAUUCUGAAGGUGAGAAAACAAAAUAGAUUACAAUUUUAUACAUCUGAAACUCAGGUCGCUUCUAUGAAUUGGUCAAGUGUUUCGAUUGUAUCUGGUAGCUUGAUUUCUGAUAUUGGUUGCUUUUCAACUUUGAUUAUUUUUUCACUUUUCUAUGUGAAACCUACACAGAUUCAUGUUACUCCCGCUUCGAUCCCUUUGCCAACGAUAUCGCAACUUCCGCAUGUCUAG